CUGCGUGGAAGAGAUGAAGGGAAUUGAUGGCAGGAACGUCCUCUCGUUCAGCCGGAACCGAGAAGCAAAUGGCAUCCUCAGGAGAAUGGCGAAACGGCCUGCUUUGUGUCCGGGACCUGGAGAAUAUUCUGGACACCUGCAAACUAGAGCUGACUCAAGUAGACGAGGUCUGGCCAAACUUGUAUAUUGGAAACGUGGCAAUAGCCCAGGACAGGAAAGCCUUACAGAAAAUGGGUGUCACUCACAUUCUGAACGCCGCACAUUCCAAGCAGGGCAGCAUAGGGGACCAGGCCUUCUAUGGAGAGAAGAUUCAGUACUUCGGCAUCCCAGCAGAUGACUCCCCGGACUUUGACCUGAGUGUGUACUUCAAACCAACCGCAUGCUUCAUUCACAAAGCCCUGAAGAAGACAGAUGGUAAGAUACCAGUCUUGGCUUUACAAAGGCACAAUGUGGACAAGAUAAUAUAGGGUGCCUUCAGUUUUCCAUCAUUCAUCAGGACAUUCUAUGGAAAUUAAUCAACAGCAGCAAUAAUCUUUAUCCCUCCUCUGCUUGCAGGUAUUCUGAAAAGAACACUAACAUGAUUUCUAAAAUACAUGAAUUUUUGAAGAUGAUAAAAUUGAACCGAACUACAGCAGCAUUACUUUUGAAGUGAGUAGGAAGUGAGAUUGUGGGAGAGGCCUGUCUCUUUAAAUUAAUAUCCUGGAAAAAAAAAAAAACAGAACAGAACCUUUCACUCUAUAGUUAGCUCUAUAGAUGAAGGAAAACAUUCAACCAAAUAAACAGCAACCAGUUCAACAAUUCAAAUACCUUGUGCUGCCAGGAUAUGAGAGAGGCUCUGUUCCCCCCUCUGUCUUACCUGUUUUCAGGCUUUUGUGUUCUGCACAGUUUCUCCCCCAAAACCAAGUAGCCAAUAGUUGUUGUACACUUGGUCUGUCUAGUGCUAUUAGAGGCCAGCUUAUCUUGUAGCCUCUGUGGUUUAUAAUGGAUGUCUCCAGACAUCAUCAGCUGUGUUUCUCCAGAUACAAAGCAAGGUUAAACUUGCCCAAUGUUUAGAUUCCUGUAGCCUCUUGCCCUUUCCUGAACAGAUGCAGCAGAUUAUAGCUAUUUUAGACCUCACAUCCAGAAACUGAAAGCCUGAAGUU